ACUGCCAACUCUUCCACUACACCAAUUUUCCCUCUUGAACUGCGGAGGAACCAGCUGCUACCGUUCGCGUGGUUCUAUCUUGUUUUUCCCCGUCGCCUCGCCCCUGAAGGCUUUGGGAAUUCCUUUCUCCUCUUGUCCACUUGAUCUUCGAACCCCCUAAUCGCCUCCGUCCGCCAUGGGUCUCCUCAACAGUUUCCUCGACAAGUUCUGCGAGCAUUGCUCGACGCAGUCCAUUUACACACUCGUCUCGGUCGGCGCAUUGUCAUUCAUCGCCUUGUCCGUCGUGAUCAAUGUCCUGCGCCAGCUCCUGUUCAAGAACCCUCACGAGCCCCCCGUCGUUUUCCACUGGUUCCCCUUCGUUGGCAGCACCAUCAGUUAUGGUAUUGACCCGUACAAGUUCUUCUUCAAUGCCCGUGAAAAGUACGGUGACAUUUUCACCUUCGUCCUCCUCGGCAAGAAGACCACCGUGUACCUGGGUACUAAGGGCAAUGAAUUCAUUCUGAACGGCAAGCUGCGUGACGUGUGCGCCGAGGAGGUUUACUCGCCCCUGACCACUCCUGUCUUUGGAAGCAAUGUCGUCUACGAUUGCCCCAACUCCAAAUUGAUGGAGCAGAAGAAGUUCGUCAAGUUCGGCCUCACUUCUGACGCGCUCCGCUCCUAUGUCCGCCUGAUCACCGACGAGGUCAAUGACUUUGUCAAGACCUCCCCCGCUUUCCAGGACUCCAAGGGCACCUUCGACGUUACCAAGGUCAUUGCGGAAAUCACCAUCUACACUGCGUCGCGCUCCCUGCAGGGCAAGGAGGUUCGUGAUCGAUUCAACUCUACCUUCGCCGAGAUGUACCACGACCUGGACAUGGGAUUCGCCCCUAUCAACUUCAUGCUGCCCUGGGCCCCGCUCCCUCACAACCGCAAGCGUGACGCUGCCCAGCGCAAGUUGACCGAGACCUACAUGGAUAUCAUUCGCAAGCGUCGUGAGGCUGGUGGCAAGAAGGACUCUGAGGAUAUGGUCUGGAACCUGAUGUCGUGCACCUACAAGAACGGUACCCCGGUCCCUGAUGAGGAGGUCGCCCACAUGAUGAUCGCCUUGUUGAUGGCCGGUCAGCACUCGUCCUCUUCGACCGCUGCUUGGAUUGUUCUGCGCCUGGCCACCUGCCCCGAGAUCAUUGAGGAACUCUACCAGGAGCAGCUCCGUAUUCUGGGUAAGGAUCUGCCUGACCUGACCUUCGAGACCCUCCAGAAGCUCGACUUGCACUCCAAGGUCAUCAAGGAGACCCUCCGCAUCCACGCUCCUAUCCACUCUAUCAUUCGCGCCGUCAAGAACCCCAUGCCCGUCGAGGGAACCCCCUAUGUCAUCCCCACUUCCCACAACGUCCUGUCUUCCCCCGGUGUCACUGCUCGGUCAGAGGAGUACUUCCCCGAGCCUCUGAAGUGGAACCCCCACCGCUGGGACGAGGACAACGCCGUCAAGGAGGAUGAGGAGGACGACGAGAAGAUCGAUUACGGUUAUGGUCUGGUGAGCAAGGGUACCAACAGCCCUUACCUGCCCUUCGGCGCCGGUCGUCACCGCUGCAUCGGCAAUUCAAGUUCUCCAACCCCCCCCGAUGCCCCCGGCAUUCCUGAGACAGACUACUCGUCCCUGUUCUCCAAGCCUCUGGGCAAGUCCUUUGUCCGUUAUGAGAAGCGUAACACCAAGGAAUAGACGGAGCCCGCGAGUCGGCACCUCCUACAAAAGAAAGUCACUAGAACUUUGGUUACCUGUUAUUACAUUUAAUGACCUCUUCGCAUCGGAGUGGUGGGGACAUGAAGAAAGGAGGUUGCUCCUGAGGUUGGUCAUCCUCUCUUAUAGAUAUCGCCUCUCGUCCUCCCACUCUCGACGUCCUGGGAACGAUCGUACUCCUUGUACACUAAACCUUUGUAUUUCUCUUCAUCGCGCUGUGCGGUUUCUAUCUUCGUUAUCCCUUCUGUGUUGAUACCGUGACUGUUAUUAUAUCUAUCUAAUUGAAGACGAUUCAAGAC